UCUGCUCGCUUUGAGUCCACUCGCAGAAACAGAAACGUUCUGACAUCGGUUAGAACCCAGCACUCUGGAUGUGGGGCUCCUAACACGGAAGGAAGGACAACAGCUGUAUUCUGUCUUUCCCCCCCGAAGAAUUGUGAUUUAUCGACAGUAUUUAUGAAAUAGCGUGGAAGUAUUUAGCAGGAUAAAAUAUGAUUUCGCCGUGGGACCGGUGGUACUCGACGAGCUGCUGCCUUUGCUGCCAUGUACGGACGGGCACCAUUAUUCUGGGAGUAUGGUACAUGCUCAUCAAUGCAGUGGUUCUAGUCAUCUUGUUGUCCGCUCUCAAUGACCCAGUUCAGUACCGUUACCACCUCACCAGCUCUGAGCUGGGGACUGACAUUGAUGUCAUGGACGAUGCCAAUAUCUGCAUAGCUACUGCAAUAUCCUUGCUCAUGAUUCUUAUAUGUGGCAUGGCAACGUAUGGCGCUUACAAGCAACAUGCUGCUUGGAUCAUUCCAUUCUUCUGCUACCAAAUCUUCGACUUUGCCCUUAACACACUGGUAGCCAUUAGCGUCUUGGUUUAUCCCAACACAGUGCAGGACUAUCUCCAGCAGCUGCCGGGGACGUUCCCUUACAAAGAGGACAUCAUGUCCACCAACAACAUGUGCCUAGUUUUUGCAGUCCUCCUCUUCAUCGGCUGCAUCCUCUCCUUCAAGGCUUACCUGAUUGGAUGCGUGUGGAACUGCUACAGAUAUGUGAGCGGCAGAGGCACCACUGAAGUUCUGGUCUAUGUCACCACCAAUGACACCACGGUUCUGCUGCCACCGUACGAGGAAGCCAUCGCCAUUCCACCCAAGGAGCCUCCUCCCCAGUACAUGGAGGCAUAAACCAGAACCUUUACUCCUACACCUCCACCUUCUGCCACACCUCUCUCCAACAGUAGGACCAUGGUAUGGACUGGAACAUGUUAAAAAUAAAAGGAACAACAAAGUCUUAGAUGCUGAUUUCAGCUUGGAUUCCUGCCAAUUGUAGAUUUGUGACACUGAGCCAUCGACUCUGCCCUUCGCCUCCGCCUUCCUCCGCCUGCUUGUUAUGACAUGUUGUCGUCCCCUCUUGUCUCCUCUGUCCUCCUCAAAGGCCUGUCCCUUUAAUGGCCUCUCCCUGACCAUCACAAACCCUCCUCCUUGACAGCUGCCGAGUCCUGGCAGCGUCUUGACUCUGUCCCAACUUAACCUGCACUUUUCUCUGACUGAAAUGUGCGUCCACCUGUCCGGCCACCAACUGUUAACCCCCGAUACUGUGAAAAUCCUCUAUGGUCUUUGUAUAGAAACAAACUACCUGACGAGACGGUGCAGAGAGAGAGAGAGAGAGAGAAGAAAAAGUGACACAUGAACAUGAGCAGUUAUGCAAGAGCACUUUUUUUCAGAAACAAAUUUCCUUCAUUGAAUGUAAUGUUGGGGUAUUUUUGUAUGACUUUUUUGUAUAACAGUGAAAAACCGAGAGAAAAAGAAGGGAUUUGUGAGACGCUGUUGUGUUGUGAUGAAAUAUCUGCGCACUGAUGUAGAUCGUAUCGGACAAACAAUCCUUGACCAAUAACUAAUACGUCUUCCUUUUGUAAUCCAUGUCACACACACUGUCUCUGUCUGUAAGCGAGAACAAAAAAAAACACGUCCACCCAUUUAUUUCAAUCGCAGUCUGUUCCAGUUUGCCUUCCCAGCCCUGAAGACUGGCAUUAACCAAAACUUAACCACAAACAUAACAAAAUUAAAUACACAAAAAAAGUGUCGCAGAUGCAACAGCACUAACUGUGUCUUUAAUGUUUUGGUUUUUGUACAUAAAGUGAGGUCUAUAUAUGUGCUGGACUGAGGACAUGUCCCUGUAAUGAUGGCACGACAGAGAGACUGUGUGUGUGUGUGUGUGGGGCAUUAUGAUGUAACUUCAAGGUCCUUUAUAUAUAGUAACAUGUUUUUAUUUGCACAUGCAGUGAUAUCAUGUUGAGUUAUCUCCUGUGUUGGUGACCUUUAUGGAAACUGAUGAUGGACGAACGUCUAACGCAUUGAUUGAGCGUUGCAUAGUAGCACAGAAUCAAUAUAUGGAGCUUGUUCAACAGUGCAAAUGCUUUUCCUGUGAUCAUUUAGAUAAAUUAGUUGAUCAUUAUAAGAAUUUAGAAUGGAAAACAUUUCCACUGUUUUCCAAGUAGUAUUUGUAAUCAACGGAAGAAAAAAAUAUAAGGUAACAGAGUUGCUAUGCAAUAGAAAACUGGAAAUACAUGUAUUAUUAAGUAGUAUUCUAUUUGAUACUAAUACUGUAGUUGGUGAUGUAGCUCAGUGUUGCCCUUUUGAUCAUUGUCCUCAUGUGAUUUAUGACCACUGCCUCUGCCAAUCCAACACAGCUGGAAAUGAAACAGCACUUUAAAGUCACUCCAAACUGAUGUGUAUGUGCUUCUUUCACUAAAUGUGGUUCAGCUGCCACAUGUCUGGAUGAUACAAGCUAAAAAAAAGUCAAUCAAUCAGUAUUUACCUUGACUGAAGUGACAGAGUGUCACAUAAUUGAAGGGUUGGACUUUCGGGUUGAGUCAUGUGAGGUCUGGAGAUAAGAUCUUGUAUCUAGACGAGUGGAUGGUUGAUGCCUCAUUUUGUUUUUUUGAAUCACUCCAGACACAACAUCUAAUCCUCUUGUUGGAUCUGCAUGAGCUCAUGUGUUCAAUUUCUGAGUAAUAAAAGGUCAAAUUUA